UGUAAACGUUGUAAGAUAUUCUGUAGUAUAUUUAGUAUCAGCAUUAAACUCGUGGGAAGCUGGGGCGGGUCGCUAGUUUAUUAUAAAAUUCAUACUGAUUUCUUUCCUUUAUAUAAAAACGCAUAUCGCGACCUGAUAGCUAAACUAUAUAUUGACCGUUCAAUUAGAUACACUAUCUUAAUGAUUGUUGUUUCAUAAUAGUUUUAUUGUUUUAAUUGGUUUAAUAAAUAAGUACGAAGUUAUAUCGCAAUGUAUUCGUUUGGGAAUUAUAGAAGAAUUAUCGAAAAUAUCACGAACACAAAUACAAAUUGCGGAUGCUGAUUUAAACAUCCACAUCUACAAUAUAGUUUGAAAUAUCUACACUGAUGACGUCGUCCUGACUGACUUCGGCCACAGCGAAUCUCAAGGGAGACCGGCCUACAGCUACGAAGGAUAAAGUGGGUGCCCCUCUUUUCACAGAUUUAAGGGAUGAUAAUCGCGAUGAAAAGUAACCUAUGUCCUUCCCCGAGACUCAAACUAUUUCUAUACCAAAUUUCAUUUAAAUCGGUUCAGCGUUUUAAGUGUGAAGAGGUAAGAAACUCUUUUAAAAGUUACUUUAGCACUUAUAAUAUUUUAUUUUAAAUUAAGGAAUUUACUAAUAUUAAUAAAAUUUGUUCAAAGCAGGUUUAAAGCGUGCUAUGAUUUUUAUUCAAAAAAUCCAAAAAGUAAUUGGAUUUUCCUUUUCUAAAAGCAUAAUGUUGGUCGCGACAUAUGUCAAGAUUAGAACCAUUCCUUACCAAGUAAUUGUAAUUUUUCCUUACAUGAACAAUCGCUUCGGACUUAGUCGUUAGCUCUAUAUCAUUGGGCAUAUUUCGUCUAUCCAGAUAAGAUAGACGCAAUAUUUACCUAAUAAUAGCUACAGUUAUGUAAACGUUUAUCUUUAUACUCAUUGUAUAGAUUAUAUAAAAACUAAAUAGAUAUAAAUGAUAGUAGUUAGUGGUAAUAUUUAGACGUUUACGCCACAAGUAAUAGCACAAUAUUUAAUAAACUUUCAAACUACUGAAACAUGAUGUUCAAGGAUAAAGUUGUGAUAGUGACGGGCGCUAGUUCCGGUAUAGGAGCAGCGGCUGCGAUUGCGUUCAGCGCUGCUGGAGCGCAAGUUGUUAUGGUUGGCCGCGACAAUACCAAGCUAACAGCAGUCGCCGCGAAAUGCACCAAACCCCUCGUGAUCCUCGCCGAUGUUGCCAAAGAUGACGACGCGAAACGUAUCGUUGAUGAAACAAUAAAGAAUUUCGGCAAAUUGGACGUCCUCGUCAACAACGCCGGUAUGUCAGUUUUAGCCAGUCUUCUUGAAGGAGGCAUGAUGCAAUCUUACGACACGAUUAUGAGUGUAAACGUUCGCGCCGUCGUUUACUUAACUACCUUAGCUGCGCCGCAUUUGAUCAAGACUAAAGGAAACGUUGUCAAUAUUUCAAGCGUCGCUGGUUAUGUAACACCAGUUACACCAGGUUCAAUAAACUACGGUGUUUCGAAAGCCGCUUUAAAUCACUUUAGUAUAUGUGCUGCUGCUGAAUUGGGACCCCACGGUGUAAGAGUAAAUGGCAUCUGUCCGGGACCGGUCAGAACUGACUUUUUAACCAAUGCUAAAUAUCCUAGCUCAUGGGAUGACUAUACGACGAAACUAAUUCUUGGGAGAGUGUGUGAAGCAAACGAGGUAGCAGAUUUAAUUAUGUACCUCGCGAGUGAUAAAGCCAAGUCUAUAACAGGAUCUAACUACGUGAUAGACGGCGGUAUAAUGGUCAAACGAAGUUAG